CGCGUUGUUGCGGACAGACGACGGUAGCACUUUUCCUGCACUCACUUGUAUAGUGCCUCUGUAAGAGGCUACAACUCGUAUGCACUUUUCUCCACAGGUUCCGACUACGAUGGCAGGACAGGCGACAGUGAAAGUGCACGUUGAGUACUGUGGUGGAUGAGGCUACGCUCCUCGUUAUGAGGACCUCAAGAGGAGGAUCCUCGCACAAGUACCAAGUGCCAACGUGACAGGCAAUACAGGACGUACUAGGUCCUUUGAAGUCAAGAUCAAUGACGUGUUGGUCUUUUCCAAGCUCGAGAAGGGCUCCUUCCCCGACUUUGGGGAGGUUGUCACUCGAGUUCUGGAAGUCAGCGAAGGGAAGCCUGUGCAGCCAAUCACCGGCCUGCAGAAAUCAUAACCAGGCUACUGAGUGAGCACAGCAUACAGCAGUCUCUGCUAAGUGAACUCUCGCAUACUGUGUGAUUCAAAAGUGAAAUGGAACACAGUUCUGCAGCCAGAUCUGGUUGAAGUGUGACCAAGUGAGACUGUGGGAUGUUUUGUAUGUGCAAUAAGAACAUUGCACCCCCAAUUUAUAAUGAAUUGCAGAGGUGUGUUCGAUUUUACGUUUGGCUCACGUAGUAUGUGGGUUUGUACAAGGCAGAAGAAGCUGUUGUGAAGUGGCCCUUGCUGAACGUUUGCUCUGCUGGUUGACUGUGCGACUGGCGUCUUGGAGGGCAGGUGUGGGUUUUGGAAGGCGCACCGUAUGAUGGCCUGGCCUCAAAUUCCAGAAAAAGGGCCAGGCUUGAAGAUUCCGCGUGUCCCUACCUGCGGCUGUUUGCUCUUUUGAUGUCAUGCCUGUAUGGUCCUGGCAGCAGUAAAUGGAUUUUAUUUUCAA